CACCCGUCGCCUUCAUGCGGAUAGACUCGGCAUUGGCGGGGUAGACGAUACGGAAACGUAAAGUUUGACUUGUCCCGCCAAACCACACCAGCUGAUUGACGGAGCCAUGGCGGUGCUUUCAUCAAAGACUCCGCCGUGGCGUGCUUUCGCAACCUGACCACCUCACAUUGUUUUCUUCCAACUUCGCAAUCCUUUCGAGUUUUAUCUCGGUGCGUCGUUUCGUCUCUUUUUUCAUAGACUGAUCGCUCAGCUUCGCAAGAAUGGCGUCCCAGGUCCCUCACACCCGCCCUCGUCCAGCGACCGUCCUCUCCGCCACCGAACUCAUCGGCAACACUCCUCUCGUCCGACUCAACAAGGUGCCUCAGUCUCUGGGCAUCGAGUGCGAUGUCUACGUCAAGCCUGAGCUGUUCAGCGCCGGCGGCAGCGUCAAGGACCGCAUCGCCCUGCGCAUGAUCGAGGAGGCCGAGAAGAGCGGCAGGAUCAAGCCUGGCGACACCUUGAUUGAGCCCACCAGCGGCAACACUGGUAUUGGUCUAGCCCUCGUCGGCGCCAUCAAGGGCUACAAGACAAUCAUCACUCUUCCCGAGAAGAUGUCUGCCGAAAAAGUCUCAGUUCUCCGUGCCCUCGGUGCAACCAUCAUCCGUACUCCCACGCAGGCUGCUUGGGAUGCCCCAGAAUCGCACAUUGGUGUCGCCCGCCGCCUCGAGAAGGAGCUCCCCAACGCCCACAUUCUCGACCAGUACAGCAACCUGGACAACCCCCUAGCCCACGAGUUUGGCACCGCCGAGGAGAUCUGGGAACAGACUGGCGGUCUGAUCAACGCCAUUGUUGCUGGCGCUGGUACUGGUGGCACCAUCACUGGUCUGGCCAGGGGAUUGAAGAAGCACAACAAGGAUAUCAAGGUCAUCGCGGCCGAUCCUCACGGCAGUAUCCUUGCUCUGCCUGAGCUCCUCAACAAGGAGCAUGCGGACGAGCCGUACAAGGUGGAAGGUAUUGGUUAUGACUUCAUCCCCGACGUCCUGGACCGCGAGAUUGUCGACAAGUGGUACAAGACCGAUGACCAACAGUCCUUCUACCUCGCCAGGAGGCUCAUCGCCGAGGAGGGGCUCCUCGUCGGUGGCAGCUCUGGUUCUGCCAUGGCCGCCAUGCUCCUCGCCGUCAAGGAGUACGGCUUCAAGAAGGGCGAUGUCGUUGUCGUUGUCCUGCCCGACAGUAUCCGAAGCUAUCUAUCCAAGUUUGCCGACGAUGAUUGGCUUGCCGCCAACAACCUGCUGCCCGUCAACGGUCUGGAGUCGACAGUGCAGCAGAGCAAGUCCGCCGAUCCCUACGAGGGCGCUACCAUUGCAGCUCUGCGCCUCAAGCCGGUGACUUCGGUUGGCGCUUCAGCUUCGUGCUCCGAGGCGAUUGAGACUAUGCGCGACAAGGGCUUCGACCAGCUCCCCGUUCUCUCCGACUCUGGCAACAAGCUGGUUGGUCUGGUGACGCUGGGCAACCUGCUUAGCUACAUCUCUCGUGGUCGCGCCACAGCCCAGAGCCCCGUCAAGGAUGUCAUGUUUGACUUUGCUCGCUUUGACGAAAUCGUCACCGACCCCCGAGAGAUCUCUGCCCCCAGCAAGGCUGGUAAGAGAAGGAACUUUGUCGAGAUUACCAUCGACACACCCCUCACCACCCUGAGCAAGUUCUUCGAAUGGAACAGCGCUGCUGUUGUCACCGAGAGGACUGGGGACUCCACCUCCCUGUCCAAGCCCAUUGCGGUUGUGACCAAGGUCGACCUGCUCAGCUGGAUGGUCAACAAGAAGUUGUAAAUUUACCUCGCAAGAGGUGGGAACGAGUACUCUCAUGUGUUCAACGACAUUAACGUCUGGCGUUCCAAGGAUAUGAUAGAUGGAGAAGCGAAGGGUUUCAGAGUUGGUUAUAGAAAGGGAAUCUGAACACGUGGUAGACUCAACAUCUACAGGACAUUCUGAGAGGGACACUGUUUGCAUGAAUUAAAA